AUGAAAAACCCUCGCCGCCGAGCCUGGGAGCUGGGAGUCAGCCUGGUGGAACAGCAGAGCAUGCUGUUUGAUGUGUUUGUCAAGCCCGUGCUGUCGUAUGGCUGCGAGGUGUGGGGGGUUGACAUGCUGAAUAGGGCAGACUGCUCCUCAGUAGAACGUGUGCACCGCUGGUUCUGCAGGCGGAUCCAAGGGCUCCCACGACAAGUGUCCUCAGCGGUGGCACUGGCGGAGCUGGGCCGUCAGCCGCUGCACCUGUUCUGGGUGCAGCAGCUGGUGCGCUUCUGGAAUCGCCUGCAAGCCAGCAUGGCCGAGCCGGACCGGGUCCUGGCCUGGGCGUUUGAGGACACCCUGGCGCUGAUGCGCGAGGGGACCGAUCUCGCCGCCGGCUCGCCCUGCUGGUGCCGGCGCUGGCAGCAGUUUCUGCUGUCGGCACCCACGGACAGCGGAACGAUCGUGUGGCUGACGGAGCUGGAUGAGAAGACCGUGGUGGAGCGCGCAGCAGCAGCUUACCUUCGCCAGUCCCUGGAGCCGGCGCUGACCAAGCCGGAGCCCGAGAGCAGCAGCCAGCAGCAGCCAGUAGCAGCCAGCAACAUCAGCCAACAGCAGCACCUCCCAGUAACACCCAGCUUGACUUGA